GCAUAACCUCCAAAAGUACCCAAAAGGAUAGAAAAGGUUUUAAAAAUGUUUUCGAUAAACUUUUUAUUACAAAAGUCUAAUUGUAUAAAAUUAUCGCGGUCAGUUAAAGGAUUUUUGGGGUAUAGUAAAUAUUCCGUUUGCAAAUGUUACGUUUCCAGUAGAUAUAAUGAAAUAAACCAAAGCAAUUCUGAAUUAUCUGUAAUAACAAAGAGGUUUUAUGCUAAGGGAUUUAUAGAUAAGUUAAUACAUGAACAGUCGGAAGAACAUCAGAAAGAAUUAAAUAAAAUUAGUGUAAUAUUUCCACAACCGAGAGUAACACUAAACGAAUUAACAUCAAAAACACCCGAUAACAUAUUUGAUAUAAGCUACAAGCAAACAGUGGUUACACCCAAAGGAAGCAAAAGAAAAACUGUUUUUACCAAUGACUGGACAUGUGUAUAUACUUUUACAUGGCCUGAAAAAGUCAAAUUCGAAAGUACAGCAAAAUCAAAACGGCAAGCAGCGGAAAAGGCUGCUCUGCAGGCAGUGCAAUGGUUGUUCAACAGAAAGUGUAUAGAUAUAAAGGGUAACCCCAUGUAUGAUAGGAAUGUUAUCAACGAGCUAAAAGAUAGCUUGGACCACAAAAUACAGGCAACCGUCACAGAAAAUUCCAUAGAAAGACUUAAUAGAAUAUUUGAUGAUUAUGAAAGAGAUAUAAAAAAUUUGUAUGAAGAAACUUUUGUAGAAGCAAGUAAAAGAAUGGCACACAUACAACCAGUAUUACUCAAAGAUUCAACAAUUGAUGAAGAUGGUGGGGAGUUAGCAGAUUCGACCACAGAGUUAGCAGAUUUUGAAGAUUUUAGGAUGAACAUGCAUCCGGUGUACGGGAAGAGUGUGACUCCGUCUCCAUCUUUUCUGUCGAGACGUCAACGCGUGCUGAAAGAGAAGUUUGACAACUAUGACGAGGGUCUGACUCCUCUACCCAUAGACCAAUACAUAGACGAAAUAACAUCGACCAUAGACAAGUCCAGAGUGACAGUUAUCGUUGGCGCGGCAGGCUGCGGUAAAUCGACGCGCGUGCCGGCCGCCAUCUUAAGAAAAUGGCGGACGGACGCGGCGGCCAUAGUGUCGGAGCCCCGUCGUGUAGCCGCUAUAGGAUUAGCACAGAGAGUUGCUGACGAGUUGCAUGAAAAUGUAGGUGAAUGCAUCGGCUACCAAGUACGUUUGCAGUCGAAACUACCGCGGCCGGGGGGCGGCGUUCUGUUCUGUACCUCGGGUGUGCUGCUAAGGAGGUUGCAGUUUAAUCCAGGUCUGGAAGGCUGCAGCCACGUGGUGAUAGACGAGGCCCACGAGCGCGACGUGAACACGGACCUGACGCUGCUGCUGCUGCGCCGCGCCCUCGACCUCAAUCCGACACUGAAACUGGUCGUCAUGAGCGCGACGCUAGAUACUGAAGUUUUCACCAGAUAUUUCAAGGACACCCCAGUGAUAGAAGUGCCCGGGCGGACUUACCCCGUGACCGUGUACCAUUUGAACGAGAUACAGAAGAAGUUCAGUAUCCGACUACCCAAUACUAAAGAGAACUGCGAGAAGAAUGGGAAACCAUACUUAAACUGCCAAGAGAUAGUAGAAGUUAUAAAAGCCGUCGACAAGAAUCAACAGGAGGGCGCCAUCUUAGUUUUCCUGCCGGGCUGGGCCGAGAUUAAACAAGUGCAGCUGUUACUACAAGAUACUUACAGAGACUCGACUCUGCAUAUGAUAAUACCUGUACAUUCCAGAUUAUCAACUGCGGACCAAACGCGCAUGUUCCAUUGCGCGGCCGCGGGUGUACGACGUAUAGUACUCGCUACGAACAUCGCUGAGACCUCCAUCACCGUGCCGGACGUCGUGCACGUUGUAGACGCCGGGGCGCAUAGAGAGAACAGGAUACGGGAGACCACAGGUACUGCGAGCUUAGAAACUGUCUGGGUAUCAUUAGCUGGCGCUAAACAGAGGGCGGGCAGAGCUGGCCGUGUUCAACCAGGCAUCUGUUACAGACUUUAUACUAAAGAGAAAGAGGAAGAAUUUGCUCCGCACACAACACCAGAAAUAUUGAGAGUACCGCUAGACCAAAUUGUAUUAGAUUGUAAAUCAUACGCGCCCGACGAGUAUGUGGAAGAUUUCUUGUCACAACUACCUGAGCCGCCUAGUAAAAAGAUGAUCAAGUUUGCUGUAGACGACCUCAUAGAUUUAGGUGCCCUAACCAGUUCCCAGCGUCUCACGCGCCUAGGCUCUAUUUUAGCGCCACUGUCGCUGCCACCGCGGUUAGGCGCGAGUUUGCUCAGCGGGGCGAUUCUUGGCGGAGUGGUCGCGGCUGCUAACGUCACCGUGCAUUGCGCUGAUAGUGUCGAGCUGUUUCAUUCUGCCGCGGAUAGACGAGAAGAAAUACGUGGUAUCAAGAGUGAGUUCAACAAGACAUCGGACCAUGCUGCGUUACACUGGAUUCAAGAUACUUUCGAGCAGAAAUGUAGGGAGGGACGGGACGCGGUCGCCGCCUGGUGCGACAGAUACGGCCUGAGGAUUGAUAGAUUGAGAUACGUUAAAUCAAUAUCCAAUCUCUACCUUGAGAAUUUACUAAAAAGCGGUGUUAUGGGUGAAGCGGACGGUGAAUUAAACCGUUUCUCCGACAUUGACGAACUGACUACAGCCAUUUUGUUGUCUGGUUCCAACUCGCUACUGACGACUAAGAAAUACGUCAAGACUAAAGGCAAACUUGCGACUACGCUAGGUGUGUUUACGAGCAAAGGCGAAAGGGCACAUAUAAGCACGGAGAGUGUGAACUACGGUAUAAAGAAGUCUAAACACGGCACCCACCUUUUAACCUACUUCGGCGGCCACCACUCCCUAGAGAGGCGGGCCCUGGUCGUAUACAAAACUUCCCUCAUAUCCCCACAUACAGCUUUAUUGUUUGCUUCAGGAAAUAUCGCUACUGAGAAGAACGAAGAUGACGACACAACCAUGAUACAGCUACAAAGACAUAAGCUGCAGAUAGAAAUGCCUACAAGGCAAGCUGAAGCUAUACUAAAAGCUAGAGAGAUGCUUUGGAACACCAUAAAGUACUACAUCGAAAGAGAUUUAAAGACAAUCAACUAUGAUGACGUCACGAAUGUGGGUAGAUUCAAAAUAAGACUUGUGAAGGCGAUAGGAAGAAUACUAGUAGAAGCGGAGCAAAAUCUAGAAGCAAAAUCGAGUGAUUAUAUGAAAUAAAUGUAUUAAAAA